CACCCUCAUAGUGAUCCGACGGAACAUGAAGCGUUACAAAUCUGAACACCUAAAAUAAAUUCAAACGAGGAUCUUGAUGCAUAGGCACGAUAUUUGAAUAGAUAUACGAAGGAUAUAACACAGCUAUUUGGGUAAUAUAUGAUAUAUGUAUACGUUAUAAAAGUCAAAGAGAAUGAUGAAUUAUACAUGAUUUAUAGGAAAAUCACAAUCAACUUGUCCCAGAGUUUAAGUUGAACUUUAAUAAGCUGGAUUGAAUUUAGCUUGUCUUAGUCGGAUUUACGUAAAAGGGAGAUGAUAUAGCAUAUACUAAAUACAUCUCUGACAGAAAUAAGAAUCUUAAUAUAGAGAAACGGUAGGAACAGGAAACUACAUGUGAUAUACAUUAAAUUACUCAAUCGUAUGUGCUGCUGCAUAAACAACAAAGGGCAACACAAACCUGUAUGACCAGAACGUAUGUAAAUCUGCAAUAUAUUCAACGAAUUUCAGAUGUAAUAUAUACAUGUACAUAAUUCAUACAACAAAAUAAAAUAAAGGUAUAUAGAAAUUUAAAGAAUUGACUAAAUACUGUAAGAAAUACAAAUAUACGGACCAUAGCUGUACUAUUCUAUGAUAGUGCUAUUAGUUUAGCAUCCGGAAUACACCUGUUUUGACAUUUAUCCACAACGAUGGAGCACAAAGGCAGGUUGGUGCUGCUUAUAGUAGCUGUUGUAUCAUUGGUGGCAGCUGGUACGAUUGGCCUUGUGUUGCACUUUACGAAACCGAAGGAUGUAGCACCCGUAGCUCAUAUAGUACCCCUUGUAGACUGCAACCCUGUUGGUUUCCCAAUUGACGAACCUAAUAAGGAUACUUGUGAAGCAAGAGGAUGUAUUUGGUCCAAGCCUGGAACAGACGAGGCCCCUUGGUGUACAUACAAAGAGGCGUCAUCCGGGUAUCUACUCAACGGGGACCCGGAGGACACACAAAUCGGGCAUCAAUUCACUCUAAAGAAGAUCGAUAGUCCGAACCUUGGGUUUGGUGAUGACGUCAUCAAUCUCGGUGUAGAUGUCGAGUUUCAUAAUGACCAUAGAUUGAGAAUACGAUUCUAUGAUAAGGACACGGCAAGAUUUGAAGUACCGCGAGAGGCAUUGGAUAUAGAAGUACCAAGUACUAAACCAGAGUCCACACUUUACGAUUUCCAAUACACCACUGAGCCUCACUUUGGGGUAAAGGUUACAAGGAAAAGUACAAAUGCUACCAUUUUCGAUACAAGCGACAUCCCGGGGUUUAUAUUCUCUGAUCAAUAUAUCCAGCUGACGACAAGGCUGGCAUCAGCACACUUGUACGGUCUGGGGGAGCACAACCACAGACAGUUCAAACAUAACAUGAACUGGAAGAAAUGGACGAUAUUCACCCGGGAUGUGGCACCAGUAGACGAGUGGAACUUAUAUGGGGCACAGCCGAUGUACAUGAACUUGGAGGAGGAUGGUAACGCCAAUGCACUAUUACUUAAAAAUAGCAACGCUAUGGACAUUAUUCUACAGCCAGAUCCGACACCUGGUGUAUCCUUUAGGACGAUAGGUGGCGUAUUGGACUUCUACAUCUUUUUGGGUCCAACACCAGAAAAUAUAGUACAACAGUAUACGAUGGCUGUCGGUAGAGCUCCAAUGCCGCCAUACUGGGCAUUGGGCUUUCAAUUGAGUAGAUGGGACUACAACAAUAUAACUCGUGUAAAGGAAGUCGUUGAGAGGAAUAUUCAAGCUGGAAUACCCUUGGACGUCCAGUACGGUGACAUUGAUUACAUGGAAUCUAAGAUGGACUUCACCAUUGACCCUGUAAAGUACGCAGGUCUGAAAGAAUUUGUAGACGAAAUGCAUAAUAAAGGAAUGAGAUACAUAAUUAUACUGGACCACAUUAUAAGUAACAAUGAGACGAUGCACCUAGAGAAACUAGGGAAACCAUACAAAGCGUUGCAAGAUGGUCUUGCGGAGGAUGUAUUCAUCAGAAAUGCUUCUGGAGAAUACCUUCAAGGGGAGGUUUGGCCGGGCAUAUCCUAUUACCCGGACUUCACCCUGCUGGAGAACGCUACAAGAUGGUGGACAGAACAAUGUCGGGAGUUCUACGAAGAUCAAGGCAUUGAGUACGACGCUCUUUGGAUUGAUAUGAACGAACCGUCUAAUUUUGAGCCUCCGGGUUCAACUGAUGGAUGUCAGAAAAAUAGUUUGAACUAUCCACCAUAUUUGCCAAACAUUCUCGGUGGCCACAGAGACAACAUGUUAUAUGACAAGACAAUUUGCAUGGACGCUAAGCAGAAGUGGGGAUCUCAUUAUGACGUACACAGUUUGUACGGACAUAGCAUGUCACAAGUUACAUAUGAAUCCAUGAGGACACUAUUUCCAAAGAAACGACCUCUCGUUCUCACGAGAUCUCAGUUUGCCGGAAGUGGAAAGUACGCAUCCCAUUGGUUGGGUGACAAUCAGAGCCAGUGGCGACAAAUGCCAUGGUCUAUUCCCGGAAUGCUGGAAUAUGGACUGUUUGGAUUUCCAUAUAUAGGAGCAGACAUCUGUGGCUUCUGGUUUGAGGCCACUGAGGAAAUGUGCCAGAGAUGGAUGCAGCUUGGAGCAUUUUAUCCAUUCGCCCGUAAUCACAAUGCCAAAGGCUGGCCUAGUCAAGAUCCAGCUGCCUUCAGUGACAGCAUGAUAGCGUCAUCCAGGAAUGUAUUGCUCACACGCUAUAAGUUGCUCCCGUACCUUUAUACACUGUUCCAUUACGCCCAUACUGAGGGUUCUACUGUCGUUAGAGCACUACUUCAUGAGUUUCCCACCGAUCGCAAAGCAUGGUCGAUUGAUCGACAAUUUCUCUGGGGCGCGGGGUUCAUGAUCUCCCCAGUUAUGGAAGAGGGGGUGACUGAGAUCGAUGUUUACUUUCCAAAUGCAAGAUGGUACAACUAUUACAACGGACAUGAGAUGAUGGGAGUCGAAAAGAACCAUAAAUUAGAUACACCAUUGGAUAGCAUUAAUCUACACGUCAGAGGAGGUCACGUGAUACCCUAUCAGGAGCCUGCAAAUACAACUCACUUUAGCCGUACUAAGCCGUUUGGUUUGAUUGUUGCUUUGAAUGAAAACGAGACUGCUUCUGGGAGUCUAUUCUGGGAUGACGGGGAGUCCUUUGAAACGUUUUCAAGUGGAAAGUACACACUCAUCAAGUAUAGUGUUAAAAUGAUGAAGUUAAGCCUCGAUGUGG